AUGUCGUCCCUGCUCGAGCGGGAUGGCGAGGGCCUCGAUGUGGGGCGCUGGGCCGCCCAAGACUCGGCCCAGGCCGCCGCAGCCUGCAGCAGCCCCAGUGCCAGCGAGGCCGACGACAUGCACAUCCCCGCCUUGCUGCAGCUGCGGCUGGAGGUGGCGACGAGCCAGCUGAACGAUCAGAAGGCGCGCGUCCGCGGCCUGGAGUCUCAAGUGCGAGAGCUGCAGGGACGGCUGGGGCAGGCCGAGGGCCACGGCGAGAGCGCCCAGCUGUCGCAGGCGCUGCUGGCGCAGCGCAUCCAAGAGCUGGAGGCGGCGCUGACUGCCAGCAGGCGUGCAGAGCAGGAGCAUGCUGCGCAGCUGGCGCGGGCGGAGGGGCGGGCCGCCGUGGCAGAGGGCUCCCUCAGGGCUCGCGCCGAGCAGCUGGGGCAGGGCCUGGGGGAGCUGCAGGCACAGCACGCCGCCACGCUGGCAGCACAGCGGGAGCAGCACGCGCGCGAGCUGGCGGCGCAGCGGGAGCGGCAGGAGGCGGCGGCUGCCGCUGCCCAGGCGGCGACUGCCGCCGUUCAGGCCGACUGGGAGGCCCGGCUGCAGGAGCUGGCCAGCAGCAAAGCAGGCCUGGAGGCCGCGGUGCGGCGGGAGCAGCAGCGGGUGAAAGAGCUGCAGGGGCAGCUCGACAAGGAGGGCUCCAAGCAUGAGGCAGUGCGGGAGCUGAUGCGGCACUCAGAGGCGCUGCAGGGCCAAGUAGACCGCCUACAAGCCGCGGCCCAGGAGGAGCGACGGCGGCUGGGCAAGGCCGCGCAGGCAGCCGAGGCCGCGGUGCAGCAGGAGCGGCAGCUGGCGGAUGCGGCGGCGCAGGAGGCGCAGCAGCGGGCGCAGGAGGCGGCCCGUGAGCACGACAAGGCGGUGCGGCAGGCGCGGGCCAAGCAGCAGCGCGCCGAGGCAGAGCUGCGGGCUGCCAAGCAGGCGGCGGCGGCGCAGGCGGCGCGGGUCCAUGACCUGGAGUCCCUCAACGCCAAGAAGGACCUCCAGCUGGAUGCCGCGGUGUCGCUGAUGCAGCACGAGUUGGAGGCGCUGCGGCAGGGGCUGUCUGGGCGGCAGGCCGCCGCCGCCGAGGCGGCCCGUGGCGAGUAUGCGGCGGCGCUCGCCGGCUGCCAUGCCCAGCUGGAAGCCGCCAAGGCGCGGCUGAGCGAGGAGGCUCUGGCUUCUUCCCGCCAGGGCCAGGCGCUGGCCAGUAUCCUUCGCAUCCUAGGCGUGCACGCCGGGGAGGCGGCGGCGGCGGAGCCAGGGCGCGGCAACGGCGUGGCAGAGCCUGCCGAUGGGGACGCUGGGGCAGCAGGAGCGCAGGCUGGGGCAGCUUCUGCUGCGCUGCCAGACCCCGCAAAGGUGGUGGCGUUUGUGGAGGCGGUGAGCGGCAGCAUGCUGGAUGUGCAGCAGCAGUGGGAGCUUGAGAAGGCGGAGAUGGCGGCGGCGCUGGAGGCGGCCGAGGCGGUGCACGCGCAGCUGGGGCAGCUGCUGGAGCGGGAGCGGCAGGACAACAGGGGCAUGGCGGCGGAGGGGGCGGAGAUGGCGGCGGCACUGCAGGGCAUGGAGGCUGAGCUGGCGGCUGCGCAUGAGCAGCUGCGUGAGCUGGAUGCAGCCAGGGUGGGCCGAGCUGCGGCCGACGCUGCGCUGGAGGCAUGCCGCGGCGAGCUUUCCGCGGCCGUCGCCAAGGCGGGCGCCACUGCCGACGAGGCCGCCAAGUGGCAGGGCGCGGCAGCGGCGCUGGAGGCCCGAGCUGGGCAGGCGGCUGCCGAUGCCGAGGCGGCGCGGAGGGAGGCACAGGCGGCUAGGGAGGAGCUGGAGUCUAAGGAUGGGCGCAUAGCAGAGAUGAGGAAUGCCAUGGCUGCUGCCAUGCAGGAGCGCAGCAGCUCUGCCGCCGACAUGAGCUCCGCGCUUGCCCAGGCGCAGGCGGCAGCAGCGGCCACCUGCCAGCCCGCGGUGCAGCACCUGCAGGCCGCUUUGGCGGUGCUGGGUGCGGAGCGAGAGCCCCAGGCUGCCGAGCUGGCUGCGACGCUGCAGUCGGUUGCGGGCCUGCUGCGUGCGCUGCCGCCAGCAGACGUCGAGCUGGCAGCUUGCGUCGGCACGCUGGGCCGCGCUGUGGGCCAGCUGGCGGCGGGAUACUCGCACGUCGCGGCCAUGACACAGGAACGGGGCAAGGUGCACCACAUUCUGUCCUCCGUCAACGCGCAGCUGCAGGCAGCCGCAGCGGCACACCCCAGCCGCCUGCAGGCCGCCGCAUUGCCCGGCGGCGGCGCCGGCUCGGCGCCGCCUGGCGACAGCCCCGCCUCCGCCUCCGGCCUCUCGCUGGUGGAGCUGCUGCAGCGACUGACGGCGGGCGUGGUGGGGCUGGUGGAGGGGCUGGCUGUGGAGAAGGAGUGCCUGGAAUCGCAGAUGCUGCACGCCAGUGACGAGUCGGCGCAGCUGCGCAGCCAGCUCCAGUCCAUACAGGCGGUGCUGGCCUCGCUGCAGAGCCACACCGCGCUGGAGCACCAGGAGGCGCUGGUUGCGCUGGAGCAGGCUCGGCUGCGGCUGGCGGAGCUGGCGGGGGAGAAUGCUGAGCUGGCGCAGCGCGCGCAGCAGGCGCAGCAGGCCGCCGACGCCGUCCGCGCCUCCUCCGCCCGCGAGUGGUCUAGCGUGCGGGAUGACCUGUCCGGCCUGGUGGAGCAGGCGGAGCGUGCGCAGCUCAGCGCGGACGCCGCCUGCCAGCAGCAGCGGGAGGAGUAUGAGGAGCGGCUGGCGCGGGCGGCGCAGCAGGCUGGCGAGGACGCGGCGGCGCGCGCGGCGGCCGAGGCUGCCGCGGCCCGGCUGCAGCGCGAGGUGGAGGAGGUGCGGCGGGAGCUGGCUGCCGCGGAGCAGCAGGUGGCUGGCAGGGAGGAGGCGCUUCGCAGCGGCCUGCAGGCGAGCCACGCAGGCAUGCAGGAGCUGGAGGGCAGGGUGGCGCAGCUGCAGAAGCAGCUGGCGACGCGCGCCCGCACGGGCGGCAUCAGCGCCGCACCCGCCAAGAAGGCGGCAGCGGCCACCAGCGCCGCGGGGGCUCUCAAGCAGGACAACCAGCGGCUGAGGGAGCAGGUGGAGGUCCUGCAGGGCCAGGUGCGCAUGCUGGAGGAGCGGGUGCGGCACAGCGUGCAGCAGCUGCGGCAGGCCAGGGACCUGGCUGAGGUGGCGCAGCGCAGCAUCGCAGACGCGGAGGGGCGUGCCAGCCGUGCCGAGGCGCUGCUGCGCAAGGUGGAUGAGCGCAAGGCUGCGGCGGAGGUGGAGCGGCGGCGGGCCUCCGAGGCGGCGGGCCGGCUGGAGCAGGAGGCUCUGGAGCUGCGGUCCCGCCUGGAGGCAGCGCAGCACCGGGAGCGGGCGGCGCAGGCGGAGGCGGAGCGGCUCAGGGCGGCGUGCGGCAAGCGGGAUGCGGACUCCCGCCAGCUCAGCGGCGCCCUCAGCCAGCUGGAGGUUGCGGAGGCGGCGCUGCGCGACUCGCAGGGCACCGCGGCCCGCCUGCUGCAGGACUGCACCGGCCUGCAGCGCGACAACCGGCGGCUGGGGGAGGAGGGGCGGCAGCUGAGCGCGCAGCUGCAAGACGCGCGCCAGGAGGCGGCUGCGGCGGCCGACCAGGUGCAAGACCUGCAGGCCACGCUGGAUGCCGUCAUCACCGAACUGCACAUCGCCCGCUCCCUGCUGGCCAACCAGCGGCACCAGGAGCUGCAGCAGCUGGAGGCGGCGGCCGAGGCGGCGGCGGCGGGGCCCGGAGGCGGCCAGGGAGCCUUCUACCAGCAGCUGGUGGCCUGCCCUGUGCGGGUCGGCAGCCUGCGGUUUGAGCCAGAGGCCGACCCUGGGGAGCAGUCUCAGCUGGAGCAGGCAGUGGAGAAUGUGUUGGGAGCCCGGGACACCAAUGCCCGCUCUGGAGGCGCAGGGCGCAGCGCCAGCAGGGCAUCCAAGCCGGCCGGCGCCGGCGCCGGCCAGCUCUGCACGCCUGCAGGCGCGUCGGCCCCAGCCUGGGGCGCCGACGCGCGGCCCUCGCCGCUCACCCAGCAGGCGUCUCUCAGGACGCAGACGCCCGGCACGCCCGCCGCGCGGCACCAGGGGGCCACCCCUGCCGCGGCACACAUGGCCGAUGACCCAACCAGCCGGGGGGUCACUCCAGAGUCGCUGUGGCGUGUGGCUGAAGGCGAAGAGGCGGCAGGGGCAGGAGCCACACAGCCUCCACCCGAAGCCCUGCAGCAGCAGCAGCAGCAGCAGCAACAGCAGCAGCAGCACCAGCAGAGCGUCUCCCGUCCCGCGUCCGCCGCCAGCACGGCGGGCGGAGCGGGCGGCGUGGACGUGGGCGACGUGCGGCGGCUGGUCGGCAGCGUGGAGUCGCUGCAGCGCCAGCUGGCAGUAAAGAAUGACCGCAUCAAGCAGCUGAGGGCCGCCCUGCAGCAGGCCAGCGCCGCGGGCGCCUCCUUCACGCCCGCAAGCAGCCGGCCCGGGUCUGCAGCAGCGGCAGGCGCUUGCGGCGGCGGCGGCGGCGGCGGCGAGGUGAUUGUGCUGGAGCAGCGCCUGGCUGCGGCCCAGCAGCAGGUGGAGUCGCUUCAGGCGCUGGCCGCCCACAUGGAGCGCCAGGUCAGCGACGCGCAGCAGGCACAGCAGGCGCAGCAGGCGGUGCAGGCCCAGCUGGGCCGCAUCUCGCGCCAGCUGGCCGCCGUGCUGGGCAGCAGCGGCAGCAGCAGCGGCGUCGAUGGCGGCGAGCCUGGGGCCCUGCGGCCCUCCAGCGCCCAGGGCAGCGGCCUGCCUGCUACGAACGGCGAUGCUGCUGCCGUCCUCCGCCUGCAAGUGCACCAGCUGGAGCAGCUGGCGGGCAGGCUUGCCGACGAGGUGGAGGGCGGCAGGCGGGAGCUGGCCGCCGCGCGGCAGCACGGCAGCACGCUUUCCAUGCAGCUGGCCAGCCGCAACGCACUGGUGGAUGCGCUGCAAGCACAGCUGCGCACGUUGUCUGCCUGCGAUGGCGGCGGCGCCGGCAGCACUGCCGAGGGUGCUGCCUGUACAGACGCCCUGCUGGCGCCGCCGCCCGCCACGCUGGCGCACCCCGCCUCCUCGGCAGACGGCGCCGCUGCGGGGGCGGCGCCGCCUGCGGAUGCCCUGGGCAGCCUGGACCGAAUCGUGUCGCUGUGGCGCCAGGCGUGCGCCGCCAAGGAUGCCCAGCUGCAGCAGCUGCGGGGCGAGCUGGAGCAGGCCCAGGACGGUCUGGGCCGGGCUCAGAUCGAGCUGGACUCCCUCUCGUCCGCCGCCCAGGAGCUAGCCGAGCGGCAGCAGCACGGCAGCCAGCUGGCCGAGGAGCUGCAGCAGCGGCUGGCGGAGGCCGAGCAGCGCGGCGCGGCGGCGGCGGCCGCUGAGCAGGCGCUGGCUGCGCGGUGCGGCGAGCUGGAGGCGGCGCUGCAGGAGGCGCGGGAGGCGGCGGAGGCGGAGGGCGGCGCGGCGCGCGAGGCGGGGCAGGGGCGGGCCGCUGCGGAGCAGCAGGCGGGCAGCCUGGAGCAGCGGCUGCACAUCGCCGAGGCGCAGGUGCGGGAGCUGCAGCAUGUGGUGCAGCUGGAGCAGCUGUCUCGCGGCGACGCCGACGCCCUGCGGCAGCAGGCUGCGGCGCUGAAAGCAGACCUGGCCACAGCUCGGGAGGAGGCCGCCGCGGCGGACCAGCGCGCGGCCGACCUGCGGCAGCGCUUGGCCGAGCAGCAGGCCGCCGCUCAGGCGGCCGCCGACGGCGCCUCGCCGACCCUGGCUGCGCGGCUGGACGCGGCGCGGCAGGCAGAGCAGCGGCUGCUUCGGCGGGUGCAGGACUUGGAGGCUGGGAUGGCUGCGGCAGAGCAGGCGGCAGAGCAGGCGGCGCGGUCGGCGGCGGUGAGGGAGGCUGAGAGCCGGCAGCUGCAGCAGCGGCUGGCAGCCAGCGAGCAGCAGCUGCGUGAGGCGCUGGAGACUGUGGGGCAGCAGAGCUCGGCGCUGGAUGGCCUGCAGGCCGCGCUGGGGCAGCAGCAGCGCCAGCAGGAGGCACGAGCGGAGGCGGCGGUCACCCACGCCCAGCUGGCUCGCCAGCUGGCAGCCUCCCAGCAGCAGCUCAGCCUGGCGCGCCAGGAGGCCGCGGUGGCCCAGAAGCAGGUGGAGGUGCUGAGGGCGCAGGCGGCCAAGGCGGAGGCGGAGUCUGCGCGGGCGGCGGCGGAGCGGCGGCACGUGGAUGCCAAAGAGGCGUCGGUGCAGGAGGCCUUGCAGCGCUACCAGCGAGGCGUGGCGGUGCUCAGCCACGCGCUGCAGCAGCUGCAGGAGGCCGGGGGCGGGGAGGGCUCCCAGGACCGGCUGCUGGCCUCGCUGCAGGCGGGAGCCGGUGGCGGCGGCGGCGGCGGCGGCGGCGGCGGCAUGGCCGUGGAGCAGCUUGUGGAUGAGAUCCUGCUGCAGGUGCACCGCCGCGACUGCGAGGUGUCUUCGCUGGUGGCUGAGGUGGCGCACCUUGAGGCGGCCAUGGCUGGGAAGAUGCGGCAGGCGGCAGACGCAGAGGCGCAGCAGCAUCAGCAGCAGCGCUCGCUGUCGCGCCUCAAGGAGCAGCUGCACUGGUGCGUCAAGGAGACGGAAGCGCUCAAGCGCCAGCUCAGCGACAAGGAGGCGCAGCUGCAGCGCCUGAGGGCCGGCCCUGCCGCCGGGCCGGGCGCCGGCGCCAGCGGCGGCGCCAGCGUGGCGCGGCAGCUGGGCAGCCUGGGGGGCUUUGGGGCCAGGGGCAGCGGCGCGGGUGCCGCCAGCAGGCGAGGGCUGGACCAUUUCUGA